UGUAAAAUGAACAAUUAUGGCUGAAAGUCCGUCUGCACCACCAAUGCAGGAACCAGUAUUUGUUGGAAGAAGGGAAGAUUUGGUGAAGGCAAAGAAAACGAAGAUAACAGUUAAUGAUAGAGAAAUUAUCAUUGUGUAUUCUACCAAAGGCAAACUUCAUGCUAUUGAUGCUUUAUGUUACCACCAAGGGGGCUCACUGUUUGAAGGUGAUAUAGAGGAGCUUGGUGGAAGAAGUUGCAUAGUAUGUCCUUUUCACAAAUAUUCAAUAACACUUAGCACAGGGGAAUGCAUUUACGAAGAGGCUGUUAAUCCAAGGAAAUCUAAAACUAAAACUGUGUGGAAAACAUUGGGUAGAAAACAAAGAAUACAUAGAUUAAUUGACAAAGAAGAUGAUGUGUAUGUUGAGUUGUCAGACUUAACUGAUAAGAGAGAGUCUGAUUACUUUUAUACUGAGGAAGGCAGAAACAGUAUCAGCAUUAUGUGAUAGAUGUUAUUAAGCAGUUGUGUAUUUUGAAUGGCAGUAUGUAGAUUAAAGGCUCAUUUUUUAGGUCUAAUUUCACAAGCUUAUGUUAGUGUGGUCCAAAAAAUGUUUCCAUUUUUGAUGAAGUAGCAUUUCUUAUUGAAGGGAAAAUUUAACAAUUUUUUUUCACAGAUCUGUUUUACAAAUAUAAGUUUUGUGUGAUAUAAGUUUUUUCUUCAUGUACCAUCAUUUUGCAAGCAGAGCUCAAUAGUUCAUAAUGUGUUCUAUCAAAGCUUCUAGGCACUGAAUGUGGCUACUCGAACACUGAGGUUUAUAAUGACAAUGUACAACAGGGGCGGAUUUAGGCCAUCUUCUGGGUCUUUCAGAAGAUUGUCAGAUUUUCAAGUUUACAUAGAUAGGUAUG